AUGGAAACGCCAUCUUCCAUAACCCUCAGACCAAUCCUCCCACGUCCAUCAGCAACGCCAGUCCCUACUUCUUCAGCCCCAAAACACACCAGCGACUUGGCAAUUCCCCGCAAAACCAAGGUCAUCUCAGCCUGUCAGGUCUGCAAGCUGAAAAAGAUAAAAUGCGACGGCGAUCGCCCCGAAUGCGGACCCUGUAAAUCUAAGGGACGAGACUGCGAUUACCCAGUUCAGGGGAACAGAGCAGAGAUUCUUACAAGACGACAGCAGGCUCUGCAGGAGAAUGUUGAAUCGUUCGGGGCGUUGUAUCGGUAUUUGCAGGAACGGCCUGCGAAUGAAGCUAGUAGCCUGUUUGAUCGAAUUCGCGAUGGUUUCGGUAUCGAAGCUGCGCUUGAGUUUGUGAAGCGUGAGGACAGUACUUCUGCCUUGGCUUGUAGGGACCCACCGAGUGCGAGGGUAGAAUGGAGUCAGCGGAUUUAUGACUGCAAUUUACUCUUUGAGAACGAGCUCCUCUCUACUGAGACUUCGGAUGUGGCUAUCCAAGCUCUACGAGACGGCGUCGAUUGCUACUUCUCGUACUUGGGGACUAUGUUUCCUAUCUACACGAGAAAGGAAGCGGAUUCGAUUAUUGACACUUUUCUUGCGAGUCGGGAAGGGAACCCUGAUCAGGUUGUUAGUAAAAAGGUUGCAUAUGGCGAGCUGUUGGCAAUUUGUGCCUUGGGCUUUCAAUAUGAUCGACAGACUUUACCGAAUGGCAAUGCAUCGAUCUGCACGCCGUUCUAUCAAAAGGCUAGGCUGUUCCUCGAUUAUGUCGUUGAGAAGGCUCCUCUGCGUGCGAUGAGGAUAUGUUGCUGUUUGGGAAUAUACAAUGUCAUCGCCAAAUCAUCAUUGGCAAUAUCCUAUACAGACUGGGGCAUUCUCCUGGGCUCCUCAAGUGGACUGGCUGUUGGCAAACGGCCAGCAACUCUUUCAGAAACAGACUUUAAUGGCUAUACAAGAACCUUUGCGGCGCUCAUCACCGUGCGAAGCUGGGUGACAGCUACCCUCGGCCAUAUCCCCAGCCCAGAGGUAUCCCGGUGUAUCCACGAAACGAGGGAGAAGAUGGACAAUACUGGAGACUUAGAUUCCGCGGGAGAGGAUCCAGUUAUCGGUAUGCUCCAGCAGAAAAUGGCACAAAUUACAGUCCUGAAAGCCAACGUCUUAAGAACCGUGGCAUCUUUUAGAGUGUUAUCUCCCGCUAUCUUGAGACAGAUGCACGAAGACCUUGAGCUCUGGCGAACCAACUUACCAGCAUACAUGCGUCUUGAGACGUUAGUGCACACCCCGGAAAUCUCCCCUGAUCAACGCCGCGUUACCUUUUACAUGCACCUCUUCUACAUGUCCGCUCUUAUUCUCAAGACUCGGGCGCUGCUUGCCACUCAGAAGGAUAUAGCAGCGUGUACUUGGGAUCCUGAGGCCACGACUGCUAUUUUCGAGGGCAUACAUGCUGCCCGCAAUUCAGGGCGACUUCUUGGGCUGAUUCAUGAAGAAAAAGCUGUGGUGAAGAAUUGCUGGUUGACUAUGUACCAAUGCUACGUUACUUUUCUGAUGCUGAAUUUCACAGCGAUCAAAAGCUUCCUUGUCGGCGGUGCGGCUGCAUUCAGACAGCAGGACGUUGUGCUUUCACGCACUUGUAUCGAGAUUCUUGCGCUGUGUGCUACUAAAGAUAAGAUAGCACGCAGCUUUCACACGCGACUGACAAGAUACCAAGACACUCUAAAUGAGCUCUUACCAGAAGUUCAGGGGACAUCGAAGGAUUCUGGUUCGUACGAAGAUGGAUCAUUUGAUGAUGACUCCUACCUGUUCGUUGAGUCAAGCGGAGAUACUAGACUUCAUCACUUGAUGUAUGAGCUAAGAGAGUUACUAUGCUAUCCCUUGACUCUUCUCAAAGGGUCGGAGGCCAGUAUGCCGUAUCCUACUAUUGUCGAGGCAUCUGUCAAUGCUGAUAUUAACUUUGCCCAUCAUCUCGCUUCGCCGUUUAACAUGGCUGAGGAUGAGCUCCCGAGUGGGUUAUUUCCACCAGAUGAGAGUCUUGGGGGCAGUCAUAAUUAUGAUGGCGAAACUGAGGGUUAUGUAAGUGGUUCUGUGCCUUUCGGAUGGGACAUCUCAGCAUGGAGAAGAGAUCCCGGUGUUGGAAGCUCGGAUAAUACUUGA